AUGUUUAAGGGUUUGGUAAUUCUUUUGUUGGCUUCUACUAUAGUUAGUUCUGUGAUCGUUGCUUGUCAACCGUGGAUGAGAUUUGCUUUGCUAGUGCUACAACUUUGUAGUUGUGGUUUCUUUUUGCUGUU